CAGAGGGAAAGAAGGAGAGAGAGAGAGAGAGAGAGAGAGAGAGAGAGAGAGAGAGAGAGCUCCUUCUUCCCUCCUUCCUUCCUUCCUUCCCUCGUUCCCUCCCUCUUUGCAGACAGGUGAGGGGCGUUGCGAGGCCGAGGAAGAGGAGGAGGAGGAGAAGAAGAAGGAGAAGAAGGAGGAGGAGGAGGAGGAGGAGGAGGAGGAGGAGGAGGAAGGCUGGGCUCUCCCUCCCUCCCUCUCUCCUUCUCUUUCCUUCCUCCUUUCCUUCCUUCCUUCCUUCCUUCCCCGCCUCGUCGCAGCUUCGGGAGGCAGAGGCGGAGCAGGAUCGCCUUCCCUUCCUUCCUUCCUUCCUUCCUUCCUUCCUUCCUUCCUUCCUUCCUUCCUUCCUUCCUUCCUUCCUUCCUUCCUUCCUUCCUUCCAGCGUCUCUUUCCUUCUUCUUCUCCUUCUGCUUCUCCCUCCGGAGCCCUUCUCCCUUCACUGCAGAGGAGGAGAGGCAGACCCCACUCUCCCUCCAGGAAAGGAAAGGAAAGGAGGAAGGAAGGAGAGGAGGAGAGGAGGAGGCAGCGCUUGCCUUCCCAGCCCUUCUUCUUCCCUCCCUUCCUCCUCUCCUCCCUUCUUCCCUUCCCUCCCUCCCCGAGGGGAUGGUGGAGGCGCCCCGGGGGCACGGAGGCGGGCGGGGGCUCCUCCCGGGGCCGGGCACCACUGCCUCCCAGGCGCCUUCCUCCUCCUCCUCCUCCUCCUCCUGCUCCUCUCCUCCCUUCCCUCCUUCCUCCUUCCCUCCUUCCUCCCUCGCCCUCCGCCACCAUGGGACCCUGGGCGCCCGGCCUCUGGCUCGUCGUCGGACUGGCCUCCUUGGCCCUCGCUUUGGCCCAGGAAGCUGAGAUCCCGCAAGAGGUGAUUGAGCGCCUGGCGCACAGCGAGAUCCACAGCAUCCGCGACCUGCAGCGCCUCCUGGAGAUUGACUCCGUAGGAUAUGACGACAUUUCCGAGACAAACUUGAUAUCUCACAGUGUUCAUUCAGCGAAACACCUGCAAGAGAACCACCCCAGGCCCAUCCGCAGGAAAAGAAGCGUCGAGGAAGCCAUUCCCGCCGUCUGCAAAACACGGACGGUUAUCUACGAGAUCCCACGGAGUCAGAUCGACCCGACGUCCGCGAACUUUCUGAUCUGGCCUCCGUGCGUGGAGGUGAAGCGCUGCACGGGCUGCUGCAACACCAGCAGUGUGAAAUGCCAGCCCUCCAGGAUACACCACAGAAACGUCAAGGUGGCAAAAGUGGAAUAUGUUAGAAAAAAGCCAAAAUUAAAAGAAGUCCUGGUAAAGCUAGAAGAGCACAUGGAGUGCACCUGUACAUCGUCAAAUUCUAAUUCAGAUUUUCGAGAAGAAGAAACCGGAAAGGGGAAAAGUAAAAAACGGAAACGAAAAAAGUUAAAACCCUCAUUAAAAAAAAUCCUGCCGAUGACCAAGAUGUGAGGUGAAAAUAAGCUAGCCGACGUUUUCUCUCUGGGACAUGGAUGUACAUGGUUUGUUACAUUCCUGAACCUACUGUGUAUGGUGCUUUAUUGACUGUAUACUUCGUUCGUUCUCCUACGUUCCGGGAGAACCCAAAAGACAAAACUGGCUUAAAAACAAAACGAGGGAGAAACGAGAGAGAAAGAGACGACACGACACCCUUGGCGAGGACAAAAAGAGACAAUGUACAUUUGUUUAAUACCACAUCAAAGCAAGUAUUGUAGCACUCGACGAAACGAGACGGAGUUUCCCUGUCCCGAAAAGAGAGGAGACAGGUGGCAUGGAUGGAGCCAGGUAACCAAACGGACUCCAGCAAGACGACACAAAAGAGAAACAAGAAAGGAAAAGGAACACUCCGCUAAGUGCGGAUUUCCUCUCGAAAGAGCAGCCCAUGGUGCUUUCUUCUUUCUGUUUGUUUUUGUCAAGACGUGUGUGUGCUUGGGCCUGCCUUCUCGAUGAAGAUGGACGGACGCUGAUGGAGCCGAGAGAGAGAAAGACACACACACAAAGCCAAGAGCAGGAAUGUAUCCAACGACACUAUAGAAACAGUGCGGAUUUUUGGCUUUCGGUGGUGUUUUAAAAAGAAAAAGAAAUCCUUCUGGGUCGCCUUAAGUGGAUGUUUUGUUUUGUUUUUGUUUUUUUUACACACCAUAAAGUUAUUAUUAUUAUUAUUAUUAUUAUUAUUAUUAUUAUUAAGCUUUCUUUUUACUCUUUGCCUAGCUUUUUAUUAUCCCUUUGGACUACAUUUACCGAUAACCCAUAAGCGGAGACGGCGGGAGGGAGGAGGAGGAGGAGGAGGAAGCGCAGCACGCAGAGAGAGAGAGAGAGAGAGAGAGAGAGAGAGAGAGAGAGAGCGAGCAGGAUGGGCUGGCAAAGGUCUCCCGGCGGGAUGCGACACCAAUGAGAUGUAUUAAAAUAAAAAUGGUAUACCUAUGCAUAAUUUUUAAAAGGUUUCUUGGUUUAUGUCCCUGCCCAACGGGCCACGCUGGUUGGUUCGCAACAGUGGUUUUCAAAGUGUCACCAGGACAUGGGGAGGAGGAUCAAAAGAGAAAUCGGCCGAGAAGCUUCCGUGGAAGAUCUGCCGCGACGGAUCCUCUGUUUGGAAGAAGACAUUUUGGGACACACGUUUUGUGUAACGUUGUGGACAGUAUUGUCUGAUAGCCUAUGUUUGUUGAAUAUCAAUCCUGGUGUUAAACCUGGUUAGAGUAGACCAUAGAGCAGGCACGGGCAAACUUCGACUCUCCCUCCGGACUUCAACUCCCAGCAUUCCUCACAGUCUCAGGCGGUUUCCUUUUCCCACUCAGCCACUUAAGUGGAAAGUCAUCCCUUGAGGCAACGUGGUCUCCUCUGAGAGACUUGAAGCCUCCACCACUUGAUUUAAGCCCAUCCAGGCACCCAUGAAAUCAUGCCGGAGACACCUGGCUUUCAAGGCCUUAUCUCGGACUCUGGAUUUAGCAUGCCUGCUUUAGCAGGUGGUCAAUCUCAGAACCAUUACAAAGUUUCUAAAACAAGUUUUUGUGCUAUGAGUAUGUCAUCCAUGUACUGAAGGAAUUGUGGGAGUUGAAGUCCGAAAGGUUGUAAGGAUGCCUGCCACAGAUGUGGGCGAAAUGUCAGGAGAGAAAGCUUCUGGAUCAUGGCCAUUUAGCCCGAAAGACUCACAGCAACCCAGUGAUUCCGGCCAUGUAAGCCUUUGACAAUACAGUUCUGUGGCUGUUAACUCAAAAGAUUCCUUGGCUGACAAAUCCACCUGGGAAAGGUCUUCUGAGGACAAUUUGAAAGUCACUGUUUUGAAAAACAUUACGAAAUGCCAUUGAUGUGCAUAAGCAACCUUAGCCUUUAUGCAAGCCGGAAACAUCCAUCUUUCUUUUCUUUCUUUUGAAGAUAUAUAUAUAUAUAUAUAUACCGAUUGCCCACGAGGGAUAUUGUGGUGGCAAUGGCUGUUCUCCUCCCGAAAACGAAUCCCUUUUGCUCUUUCACAUGUUUAAAGCUGUGCGAGAUGUACAAAGUCUUCUUGUUGUCCGUAUUGUAUGAUGUCACUGCGGCACGGGGACGACCCUUGCCGGGAAGCCUAAAAUCCUUUAUUUUUGGUAUUAAAAACAAAGUUAUGCUUUA